CUAUUCAUAUUGUUAAGAUUGGAAACUAACCCACUACUUUUUUUCUACCACUAACCGCCUCACUAUGAAUAAUCAUGAACAUCUGCAUUUGACACUUUACCUGUUCCUAUUAUUAUUGUUUUCAUUCAAUAUCUUUGCUGCUGAUUCAGUGAACAUGGAGGAUUGCAAGAAUACCAGCCAGAGUUUUGAGGAAAGAUGGCCUUUGCUUCAGACAGCUGUGGACAGACUCAACAACAAAAUAGAAGGGACUGACAACUCAAGUUUCACAUCUGAGGAGUACAUGUCCUAUUAUAAAACUGUUUAUCUAUUGUGUACAGACCACCCGCUGGGUGAUGAAAAUUCCAAGCUAUUGUAUGCCCAAUAUAAGAAGGUCUUUCAAGAAUAUAUCAAUGCAACAGUUCUUCCAUCUUUGCAAGGAAAGAAAGAUGGACUUUUGUUGAGAGAACUACUCAUAAGAUGGUCAAAUUACAAAAUUAUGACCAGGUGGCUCGUAAGAUUCUUUCAUUAUCUUGACAGAUACUAUAUCCCUAGAUGGGAGCUUCCUUCUCUCCAAGAAACUAGCUUCUUAUCCUUCUAUGACUUGGUUCAUGAUAAGAUCAACAAACAAGUCACCGAUGCAAUAUUAGCUAUGAUUGAUGAGGAACAUGCAGGAGAGAAGAUUGAUAGAACAUUGGUUAAUAACACGCUGGCCAUGUACUCGGAGAUUGGAGAUAUCCUAAGAAAAAACAAUGCAAACCACUUCAUAGAAAGAAUGAUUAAAGAGCAUGCAGCAUCCUACUAUGAUGAGGCUUCAAAUUCGAUAGCAAGUUCUUCCUUUAGGGAUAACACACCAAAGGAAGAGAAAUUGCAUGACAUUCCAACCCCUUCAUCAAAGAAAAUCAGGUUGGUAAGUUCUGAUGGUGAUGUGUUUGAAGUUGACUAUGGGGUAGCACUCAUGUCAAAAAUCAUUGAAGAUGUUAUUAAGGCCAAACCUGCUGGUGGCAGUGACAGCAUUCUUGUCUCUACAGUGAGUAGCAAUAUUUUGGCCAAGGUCAUUGAAUACUGCAAGAAGCAUACUAAAGCUUCCAAUUUCAAUCACAAGGAAGACAUGUCAGGUGUUGACAUCAAAAAUUGGGAUUCUAAAUUUGUUGAGGUUGACUAUCAAACUCUAUUUGAUCUUCAUAUGUCAGCAAACUACUUGAAUAUCAAGAGUCUGCUAGACCUGACAGGCACUACAAUAGGAGACAUGAUAAAAGGGAAAACUCCAGAAGAAAUACGCCAGAUGUUCAACAUUAAGGAAAACUAGGACCCAUUUCAUAGUGUCAUGACAUUUUCCAGCUUAAUUUAAUGCUAUGGAAUAUUUCAUGUUGAUGUACCUGCUUGGUUCACAAUUUCAAGGUGUGUCGUUGAAACAAGAUAUAAAACUGGUUUAAUUUUGAAAUUUCAACAGGGUUAUUUAUGUGCA